ACAUCUCUUGGGCAGAGCAACGGAAAGUAGUAGGAAGCAUACCCACGUUUGCGCCACUACGGUCUCAAAACUGGCCCCCAAAUGUCCACCUCUCAGUUACAAGUAGAACCAUAUCCUCAUUAAUUGUGCAGAUGUCACCUUAACGCUGACCCACGUCCCCAAUCACGACUCUUUGUACAUGCAACUCUACCUCCACGCGUCACCAACCCACUGACCACCGCAAGCCCUCUAGCCAGCGCUAUCUAGGGUCCCUGAAACAAAUCAAAAAAGAGUGUAGUGUGAUAAAUUAUUAAAGCAAGAAGAGAGGAGCAAUAUAAUUAACUUUGGGGUUUUGUGAACCAAAUAACUUUGGUGGUUUUUAGGCUAGCUCCUGAUCGAAGCGAAGCAGGCAGCCACAUGCAGAAGCAAGAGGAGAGAAGUAGCAGCAAUUGGCGCGGCGGCGGCGAACAUGAGCAAGAGAUACAAGUGCACAAGGCAUCAGAUGAAGAAACGCGAUCUCAUCCUCCUCUGAUGGCGCUGAACCAUGUAUCCCGACUGUGCAGGGAUGUUGAGAAAUCGCUCGAUUUCUACACCGAAGUCCUUGGGAUGGUGUUGAUUGAGAGGCCGGAGGCUUUUAAGUUCGAUGGAGCGUGGCUCUACAAUUACGGCGUUGGGAUUCACUUGGUACAGGCUACAGACGAGGAUAGGUUGCCUGACAAAGACCGCGGCCUCGAUCCCAUGGAUAACCACAUCUCUUUCCAGUGUGAAGACAUGGAAGCUAUGGAAAGGAGACUGAAGGAGUUCAAUGUGGAGUACCUGAAGAGGACGAUAGAGGAAGAGAAUGGGAGCAAGAUAGACCAAAUGUUCUUUGACGAUCCCGAUGGGUUCAUGAUCGAGAUAUGCAACUGCGAGAACCUGAAGCUUGUCCCUGCUGGCUCCUUGGGCAAAAUUAGGAUCCCCUUCGACCGACACACCCCUCCUCUUGACCUCAACACUACGGCCGAUGGUCAUCGCCAACACGAGCACGCGGAUUAACUCUCUGCUUAUGCUUCGUGGGGUUGCCUAUAUAUAAUCGAGUUGGCUCUUUUUUCCCCCUGCAAAAUCUAGCUUUUAGUCGUUGCUUAUUCCAAUUGAUACAGCUAGCUAUAUAUAGACCACUAGGACACUUGCAUGCUGUGAGCCAUAUAUAGUACUUUGCUUUAAUUUUUUUCCAAAUAUCAAUGAGAGACGGAUUCGUCACCAAAUGGACUGGCCUGUUAAACUAACAAGGAGUAAAAGAACAAUUAAAAUGACCAAAAGACAAUGAAAGCUUAACAACUUCCUCCAAGAGAGCACCUCCCAAAUUAAAGCAUGCAUGCUUCGUGUCCCUUGUCACAAACCAUUCGUACGUUCUCAUAAAAAUUAGUUGAGUUAAACACCAUCGAAUAUCAUCACGAAGAGCUAGCUAAAAGUUGAGUUUGUCAUACCUGAAUAGUAUUUUCGAAUAGCAAAAAGAAUAGAGCUCAGAAGAUAGAAGAGAAGCAUACAAAAUCAAUUCCUUCGAUCUCCGAGACUAUCCUCCAUGGCUCUCAAUUAAAGCAUACAAGAACUCUCUCAGGGGCACAACAACCAUCUUGAAGAUCCGGCCACGCGAUAACUCAAUCAAGUGGUGAAGAAGCAGUUCACCACGCAUCAACUUGACCUUCGAAUUGUUGACGUAAACCGAAGCGAAGCUAAAUAAAGAAUUUGCUCGACAUUAGUUAAUCACAACCAAAGGGGACCCCACCCUAAUAUAGACCAUAGUUCCCUAACUACCCAACAACAGAAUUGAAUUGAUAAUGCACUACGUAUCAUUUCGGAACCAUCAAAGCAGACUGGGCAAGUACUAUCCGCCACCAAUUUCUUAUCCUGCAAAAUAGAAUAAACAGACAAGAAACUCCGAACCAGACGCCAGAAGAACUUUAUUUUUGGGGUAAGGGUAAAUACCAUAAGAAUUUAUAACACGUGGAAUCAAACGACUUAUGAAUAGAUGGAAGGAUGAGGGUAAUAAGAGAGCAUUCUGAUGCACUCUCAACCCAUCCAAAGAGGAAUUCAUUUAGGCCACAACUAAUUUGUCCAAAAAGGCUUAUGAAUAGAUGGAAAAUAGUAGUGGCAAGAGUGGAUCUUUUAGAUGGAUACCACGUUGAUGUGAGAAAUAAUCAUAAGGACUUCUAUUGAGUAGGAUCAAAAAACUUAUUGUUGUCAC